CAAAAAGGGACUAGCGGGCUUGGACUGGAGUGGCUAGGCAAGGAUCCUGCACGGGACGAAGUCGGCAAGAUCCACGGUAUCGGCCCCUGUUCUUACUUCCCCAGCGCAACUUCCUGUCUCGCAAAACCGAGACUGCUGCACUAUCUUUUGGCCAAGGCUGGAAUACUCGUUGCGCCUGCACCAACAUGGGAAACGACGACUUGCUUACCGACGACCACGUCGCCGAACUACUCGCAAAAGAGGCCAAGGAUUGCUCCUUGAAAUACUCUACCAUGGGAAUGGAAGCCUACACCUCCUCAUCACCCUCCAGCUCCAGACCAGCCAACAAGGCCAAGCCCAACACUCGAUUCCUGAGGAACAUCAUCAAGGGCACCGAACACCACAACAAGACGCUCACGGCGAAGGAGCUCGCCGACUCGCAGGCGCGCUUAAAAGAGCUUGCUGACACCGAAGAGGAGAAGCGCCGGAGGUACAAGCCCACGGCCAACGAGAUCCGCGGCCGUCAGCUGGGGAACAUCGCUGCCUUGCUGCAAGGCCAGCCGGCCCAGAAGAGGAAGCGCGCCGCAGCCACGGAGGAAGAAAUCACGGAUCUGCAGAAAGCUCGGGCCGCAGAGGAUGCGCGACGACUUGCCGACACGGCGGCCGCCCGAAAACGAGCGCGCGAUAAGGAUGGCAAGCGGAGAAGAUCGCUUGAGAGGUACCAGGCGCGCAGAGGCCGAGACGACGACGGGAGGGACAGGUCCAGGCGUGCGAAUACAUCUUCUGGCGACGAGGACCCGGUAUCAGACGACCGGGGGAGGCGCCAUCGGUCUCGAUCCCCCACGAGCAGCCCAAGGAAACACCGCCACCGAUCACCGCUGAGACGCGAACAUAAGGAGAAGGGAACGCAGAGAUCGUCCAAUCGGUCAGGUCACAGCGCAGAGCAGGCAGAGAGCUUGUCGCAGCACGUGCGAAAAGACGAGGAGGACAUAGACUCGGAUCCACUUGAGGAUCUGAUCGGCCCAGCACCUCCGCCCAACAAGCCUCGAGGCCGCGGGGCGCUACGCGGGGUUUCGGGCAUGGACAGCAGGUUCUCUUCCGACUACGACCCGAAAUCCGACGUACAGAUGGAAGACGAGAAUGGCCGCGAUGACUGGGACGACGCCUUGGAAGCUUUAAGGGAUAGGGCCCGUUACAGGCAGCAGGGUGCGGAUAGGUUACGCGAGGCCGGCUUGAACGAGGACCAGAUCAAGAAGUGGGAGAAGGGCGGCGAUAAGAGCGUCGAUGACGUCCAAUGGACCAAGGCAGGAGAGAAGCGGGAGUGGGAUCGCGGUAAAGACGGCGACCGUGAGGUCGAGGGGUGAUUGCUCCACACAUGACACAUGAUUGCAGGAACGCUGGCGACAGAUGUCUUCGACAGAUGUCUUCUCGGCCCAGAGGAUGUUUGACUUUGCAUCCAAAAGACAAGACUCGACACACCGCGAGGCUCUCGAAUUCGUUACCAGCUGAAUAGUUUCCCCUUUGCGGUUGUAAUGAAAUGUCCCAUUCGUGCAA